AUGUUUGACUGGGUCGGUUUGUUAUUAAAGACAGCCUACUACUAUGGGCAGAUCAUUGGUCUGUGCAACUUCAAAAUUGACUGGCAAAGAGGUCGUGUUGUUGCAGCCCAAAGGAGUAUAAUUUUCGCCAUCGCGAUUAACGUCUUAAUUUGUAUGGUGGUGCUUUUGCAAAUCACCAAGAAAUUCAAUCUCGAUGCGUACUUCAGUAGGGCGAACCAGCAACACCAAUAUGUGAUCAUCGUGAUGGUUUCACUGAGGAUGGCUUCAGGUCUUUCUACAAUUCUCAACAGAUGGCGCCAGCGAGCACAACGGAUGCGCAUGGCUGAAUUUGUAUUUCGGCUAUUUCUGAAAAAGCCGCAAGUGAAGCAAAUGUCGCGAUGGGCAAUUCUUGUAAAGUUAUCUGUAGCUGUCGUCAGCGACUUCUUACAAAUGGCCAUCUCUAUAGACUCAGUGGGUCGCUUGGGAUCCAAACAAUUCGUGGGAAUGGUUUUGGCGUUCUGGAUGUCAGCCAUUAUAAAUAUGGCCUUAUCACAGUACUAUUUGAUAAUACUUUUCGUUCGAGCCUAUUACCAUUUGCUCAAGACCAAGCUGCGGCAGGUGAUCCAUGAAAGCCAGAUGUUAAGUGAGACUUACCCACGGAGAGGGGCUUUCAUGACCAAGUGCUGUUUCUUGGCCGAUCGAAUAGAUAAUAUAGCAAAACUUCAGAAUGAACUGCAAUCUAUCGUGACCCAGUUGAACCAGAUGUUCGACUUGCAAGGGAUGAUGGUUUAUGUCGGAUACUAUAUAUUCUUUACAUCUACAAAUUACAUAACGUACAGUUUAGCUAAAAAUGGUCUAGAACAACUGCACUUGACUGUCAGAGCAGUGACACUGGGAUUUAGUUGGUGGAUGGAUGCCAUACUAAAUCUGUUUGUUAUACUCAAUCUCUUGGAUGAUCACAAGGAGCUAGAACGGUUACUAGAAGAUAGAACUCUGUUUACUUCCGCCUUGGAUGUCCGCUUGGAGCAAUCCUUUGAAAGCAUCCAAUUGCAGCUAAUUCGAAAUCCGUUCAAAUUUGAAGUAUUGGAUAUAUUCACCAUUACUCGGAGUUCAUUCGCGGCCAUGAUGGGAUCUAUAAUAACGCAUUCGAUAUUUCUUAUUUAA